GUGUUAAUCUCUCUCAUCUACCAGAUCCGAUCAUCAUGAAGGUGGCUCAUAUCUACCUGCUCUGCAUCCUGGGAGCCGCCCUGCUGUCUACAGUCCUCUGCAACAGUGGAAUUGCUCGUGCUCAUUGCUGCUUUAAAUUCUUUCCAAGACCCAUAAACAAAAAACGGAUCUCUUCGUAUUACAAGACUGAUGCUCGGUGUCACGUGAAUGCCAUUGUCUUAAUAACAAAACAAUCCCGCCGCAUCUGUGUGAAUUCAAAGCGGCCCUGGGUGGUGAAGAUUAUCGAUUACCUGAGGAGUUAGUCGCUGCUCUAAACAUCUAGAAGCUUCCUACCGUUCUGCUUUAUCAGAUCAUGCUAAGGAAAUGGAGCAAUGCGAGCAUCGUUUUGGUAUAAGUGCUUUUUAGUUUCUGGUUUUGCUUCCAACAUGUAACCAUUUUUUUUUUUAUAAUUUGUUCUUAAAGCUUUGUACAACACACAUU